UGGUGUGCCAUCAAACACCGAGGUAGACUACAUAUAAGGAAAACCGUAGCACUCUCUUGUUGUGGAAAUCUUAUAUCAUAAUUUGUAUCGGUUAAAUGUGCCCAAAAGAUGCACGACCGAAAGGAGUUCAAGCGAAAUGAAACAUUAAACAAAGUUGGAUGUCAUUGGAAGACACUUCGUAGAAAGCCACUGCUGUCCCCCAAAACAAUGAAAAUGUGCAAAAAGAGCACCUGGAUGUUCCACAGCACCGGUAAACUAUUGUUUAGACAGAAGAAACACACAAUGCUGUUUUUGGUGGGGGGGGAGAAAAAGCACAGUACACCAAUAUGAUGAAAGGGUCAUCAUGGUUCAGGACUGCUCUGUUACCGCAGGACCUGGACGCAUCGUGAUCAUCGCCGCCAAAAUGAAUUCCCCAAGACAUUAUGUAGGACAAUGUAAGAGGACUUUUCUGCCAAUCGAGCCUUAGCAGAAGAUGAGUGAUGGAACACGACAAAACCCCAAAAUGAGCAAAAAAACCCCAUAUUUUUUUAAAGAUCUUUUUUUUAUGCCACGAGCAAUUUGCACGAAACAAUAAAUAAAUAAGUGAAUUAAUCUACUUGACUAUUUGGAAAAACAAGAAUUCUGAAAGUGUACUUGUUGUUUCAGUCCAUCCAGCCAUUUUCCGAGCCAGCCAAUCGCAGGGCACAUCGAAACAAACAACCAUCCGCACACACGUUGACACCUACGGGCAAUUUAGAGUCGUCAAUUAACCUAGCAUGCAUGCUUUUGGGGAUUAUAUGUGAAAAACCGCAACAAAAACAUUUGGAUGCCUUUUAGAUUUUUCAACACGAAUAAUGUUUGUGUUUCCUGCAUUAAAAAUUUGGUGGCCAGCACUUUUCAACCAUAAUUGCUUUUUGGGAUAAUGACCCGCAUUACGUCGUCACGGUCUCUACUCCUGAUUCGUUAUGUAUGAACUGAGAACGAUAACAUUUCUCUCUGUCUUUACAACUCCCCUCUUUUUCGAACUCUGGGUGGUGGUGCUGCUCUUGCCGGUGAUGAUCAGGUCAUCACAGUAAGUAUGGAGAGUGAGGCGUGGCCUGGCCUUUUGGCCACACGGUCCAUAGCGGAAUGGUUGUGGACCAGCGCAUGUCGCCCACCGCUUCAUCUGUUGCGGGCAUCGUGAGCGUGGACUGACGCCAUCGUGCUGUGCAUCGUCCUUCUUUUCUCUUGCUAUGGAUCGCUCUUCGUUGUCUCGCUGUUUAGUUAGACCUUUUAUUGUGUCAUCUUUGCCCACGUAUUGAUCGUGUCUGACCAGCAUCCGAUCAGAAUAUUGCUUGACGGGAUUGCAAUAGCCCUUUUUUUGUUGUCGUGCUCGCAUGACGCUAUGAGCGACGUUCCGGCAUUCCUCCGCGCUCGCCGGCAACGCUGUCAUUGCUGUCCUCCAGAGACCGAUGACAAGAUGCGGGCCUUUGCCGAGCAGAUCUUUGCAUCUGAGACCAAAGGCGAGGAGAUCCGAGAUGAGAUCUCCGUCUUCGACGUGCCCGAGGACUGUCCCAUCCUCCACCACGAAAUGGCGCACCACUUGCAUGCUGACGACGAUCCUGAGAAGCGCAAGAGGCGCUUUCGUACCGGUGCCCAGAGAACCGCUGCGCCAGCCGGGUCAGUGGAGGUGGACACACCCACCUACCUGGAAGUACCGGACUUCCAAAGAGUGGCCAUCAUUGGGGACUACGCUUCUGGGGUUACCAUGGAUGACUUUGAGCUGUCUUGCAAAGGUCUGUACCGCGCGUUGUCCAUCAGAGAGAAGUACAUGAGGCUGGCCUACCAGCGUUUCCCGCGGACGGCUUCGCAGUACCUGCGCGAGAUGGAGGGCGAGACCUUCGAGGUGGAGGACCAGGUGCAGCCCGUCUUCACCCCCCCCCCUAAGAACGACGAAGACCCAUUUGAUAACGCGGAUCUGCCGGAGAAUCUGGGCUACGUUGCUCGAAUGAAGGAAGGUCUCAUCUACGUGUAUAAUGAUGCCGAAGCCGCGGACAAACAUCAGCCCAGGGACGUGCCGUGUGCCAACUACGCCGCCUUCAUUGACGACAUGAACUUCCUCAUCGCUCUCAUUGCGCAGGGGCCCAUCAAGACCUACACUCACCGUCGUCUGAAGUUCCUCAUGUCCAAGUUCAACGUGCACGAGAUGCUCAAUGAGAUGGAGGAGAUGAAGGAGCUGAAGAAGAACCCCCACAGGGAUUUCUACAACUGCAGGAAGGUGGACACCCACAUCCACGCCGCCGCCUGCAUGAACCAGAAACACCUCCUGCGCUUCAUCAAGAAGUCGUACCGCGUGGACGCCGACCGUGUCGUGCACAGCCUGAGAGGCAAAGAGGUCACCAUGAAGGAGCUCUUCGAGUCCCUCAACCUGCAUCCGUACGACCUGACUGUGGACUCGCUGGAUGUGCAUGCAGGCAGACAAACCUUCCAGCGUUUCGACAAGUUCAAUGCCAAGUACAACCCCGUGGGAGCCAGCGAGCUGCGUGAUCUCUACCUGAAGACGGAAAAUCACAUCAACGGCGACUACUUUGCCACCAUCAUCAAGGAAGUAGCCAGCGACCUGGAGGACGCAAAGUACCAGUAUGCCGAGCCGCGCUUAUCCAUCUACGGCUGCGCGGCCAACGAGUGGACCAAACUGUCCAACUGGUUCGUCAAGCACAGGGUCUACUCCCCUCACCUCAAGUGGAUGAUUCAAAUUCCCAGGAUCUACGACAUCUUCAGAGGCAGGGACUUUGUGCCCCACUUUGGGCAGAUGUUGGAGAACAUUUUCCUCCCAGUGUUCCACGCCACCAUUGACCCAAAGUCCAACCCCGAACUCAGCGUAUUCCUCAAGCAUGUGACGGGUUUCGACAGUGUGGAUGACGAGUCCAAGCACAGCGGUCACAUGUUCUCCAAUAAGAGCCCCAAACCGGAGGAGUGGGACAUGGCUAAGAAUCCUUCCUACACCUACUACAUCUACUACAUGUACGCCAACAUCGCUGUGCUCAACCAACUGCGGAGACAACGGGGGAUGAACACGUUCAUGUUCAGGCCUCAUUGCGGUGAAGCGGGCGCCAUCACCCAUCUGCUGGCUGCCUUCAUGACGGCUGACAACAUCUCGCACGGCCUCAACCUCAAAAAGAGUCCGGUGCUGCAGUACCUGUACUACCUGACCCAGAUCCCCAUUGCCAUGUCCCCUCUGAGCAACAACAGUCUGUUCCUGGAGUACGCCAAGAACCCUCUGCUGGAGUUCCAAAAGAAAGGCCUGGUGGUCUCUCUCUCCACCGACGACCCCAUGCAGUUCCACUACACCAAGGAGCCUCUGAUGGAGGAGUACGCCAUUGCGGCGCAGGUUUUCAAGUUGAGCACCUGCGAUAUGUGCGAGAUCUCCAGGAACAGUGUGCUGCAGAGCGCAAUGUCUGACGAGGAGAAGAGUCACUUCUUGGGUCAGAACUACCUGAAGGAGGGUCCGGAGGGCAACGACAUCCGUAAGACCAACGUGGCCCAGAUCCGCAUGGCGUACCGCUAUGAGACCAUCUGCUAUGAGCUGAACCUCAUCAAGGAGGGUCUGAAGGCCGAAUGAAACCGUCUCACAAAUGCUGCGCGUGAAAACCAAAGGCUAAUAGUUUUCACUCAAAGCGCUGACGACGUUUCGUCUGGAGACUGUUGAUGAUUGACAGCACUGUAAUGUACUGUAUGUGCAUUGUUGGUUUCAUCACAGAUAAAAGUACAUUAAAAUGAGAUUCUGAUUUAAAAAAAAAUAAAAAAAAAAAA